CUUUACCAAAUCUGAAGCAAACAACUACAUUACAAUCCUAAUCAAUUUUGGGAGGAAAAGACUAUGAGUUCAAUCAGUGAUCAUAAUCCAAUUCAUGCCAUGAAAGUGCCCAUAAUUGACCUCUCCCACCGAAGCCGCCAAGAUUUUUAUGAAAGAUCUUUGGUCAUCAAGGAGAUUCAUGAAGCUUGCCAAAACUCUGGCGUUUUUCAUGUUAUUAAUCAUGGAAUACCCAAGUCAGUCAUUGAAGAAGCCUUAGAAGUGAACCAAAAGUUCUUUGACUUGCCCGGUAUUAUGAAGGAGGAGAUUUUGGAGCUUGGUUCUAGGGACCCUUUCAGCCCAGUAAAGUUAGCUAGGUUUCAACACAGUGCUCUUGGCAGUGACCUACUCCAGAGAGAUGUGCUGAGGCUUCAAGCCUAUCCUUUCGAGGAUUUUGUUGAUUUAUGGCCUAAGCAUCCGGCUGAUUACAGGGAAAAGAUGGGGAGGUACACAGCUGAAAUAAAGAAACUGGCCAUUCAAGUUUUUGUAGCCAUCAUGGAAAGCCUAAACUUGGAUGCAACAUACCUCAAAGAAAAUUUCGAGAAAGGGAUGCAACUUGUUGCUACAAACAGCUAUCCAUCAAAGUCAAUAUCGGACAUAAAAAUAGGUACGCCCCCACAUACCGAUUUCGGCAUCAUCACCAUUCUAGUGCAAACUGCUCCAGGUCUUCAAGUCAUGGACAGCCUCGAUGGAACAUGGAAAGAUGCUCCUAAACUUGAAGGUUCCCUUCAAGUCUUUGUUGGAGAUCUUCUGGAGGUGUUAAGCAAUGGAAUGUACAAGAGUGUAAUGCAUCAGGUCAUUGUACCCAGCACCAACAAAACUAGGAUGUCUAUUGCCAGUUUUCAUAGUUUUGAAUUUGAUGAGAUAGUUGAGCCUGCUAAAAAAUUGGUUGACGAAGAAGGGGUGAAAAGGUACAGGGGAUGCAGCUCAAAAGAACUUCUCAAACUUAUCUUCUCUAGAGCAUUAGAUCGUCCUAUUGAUGCACUUAAAAUCUGA